CUCUGAGAGGGCAGUUUUGGGCCAUCAUCAGUGUAUAUAAACUAAAGUUCUGCCUGACCCGUUUCCAUCUUCAGUAUCACUAGUAGAGUCUCAUCAUGCACCUGACUCUGGCCCUCAUCCUGCUGCUGCUGGGUAUCAACCAAGCUCAGAGUUGGUCCAUAAAGACAUCCCUCAAAGAAAGCCCUGAGGAGACUGAUAACAACAUUGAGGAGGAGUUUCCUUCUGUCUCAGCCUUAAUCGAAAGAGCUAAUAAGAACAUCGAAGAGUCACAGGAAGGUCUUACAAUUAAGUUUGGUGACAUUGUUGUGGAGGAUGGGUUGCAGAAUGCAGACCAGUGCACGUCUGGUCAGCCAGGGUGCAAAUGGCCCAGACAUAAAGACAAAAAGGUCUAUGUGCCCUAUCAGAUUUCCAACCAGUAUGGACCCAAUGAAAUAUACAUUAUCAAGGAUGCUCUGCGUUCCUUUGAGAAAUCCACCUGCAUCCGAUUCAUACCUCGUUCACAGCAGACAGACUACCUUCAGAUUAUGUCUGACAGAGGGUGCUACUCCUUUGUGGGUCGCAGAGGGGGAAGGCAGAUCUUGUCUUUGCGACACCCUGGGUGUAUAUACAAACGUGUGAUACAGCAUGAGCUUCUCCAUGCUCUGGGCUUCCAUCACGAGCAGUGCCGCAGUGACCGUGACAAGCAUAUACAAAUCCUCUAUCAAAACAUUUUAAAAGGAAUGCAAUACAACUUUGACAAAAUCAACACCAACAACUUGGGCACCGCUUAUGACUAUGGUUCUAUUAUGCAAUAUGCAAGGACCGCUUUUUCCAUGAAUGGUCAGCCAACCAUGGUCCCUAUUCCAAACAAGAAUGUGGUCAUGGGACAUGCCACUGAGAUGAACGCCAACGACAUCCUGCGUGUCAACAAACUCUACUGUAGCUGAGCCUCUCUUUUACAUUUUAGUGCAUUUAAAAUGCUUUUGCACUUUGAGAUGUUGACGUCCAAAAGGAAAAUGCUGUCAUCCUGUCAUCUGCUGUCAUCAUCUUAGAUUUCUGUUCAAAAACAAACCAACAAAAAAGAAUUGAAUUGCUUUCACAGUCUGUUUUGUUUCUGUUUUCAUGUAUUAAAAAAGCAAUGGUUAAA